AUGCCAACCAGCCUGUGUUCCUGCAGGCCAUCCAACGUCUCUGCUAAACUACGUUCAUGCCAGCCAGCCAGCCAGCCAGCAAUAUUCCAGCCAGACAGCCUGUGCUGCUGCCAGCCAGCCUGUGUUCCUGCCAGCCAUCCAGCGUUCCUGCCAGCCAGCGUUCCUGCCUGCCAGUCAGUCAGCCAGCCAGAGCGCCUGACAGCCAGCCAUCCAGCGUUCGUGCCAGCCAGCGUUCCUGCCAGCCAGCGUUCCUGCCAGCCAGCCAGCCAGCCAGCCAGUGUUCCUGCCAGCCACCCUGGGUUCCUGUUAGCCAGCCUGAGUUCCUCCCAGCCAGCCUGCAUUCCUGCCAGCCAGCCUGAGUUCCUCCAAGCCAGCCUCCAUCCAGCAUUCCUGCCAGCCAGCGUUCCUGCCAACCUGCCAGCCAGUCACCCAGUGUGCCUGCCAGCCAGCCCGUGUCCUACAAACCAGCCUGCAUGCCUGCCAGCCAGGCAGACAAAUUUCCUGCCAGCCAGCUCCCCUGCCAGACAGCCAGCGUUCCUGCCAGGCAGCGUUCCUGACAGUCAGCGUUCCUGCCAGUUGGCCAGCCAGCCACCCACAGGUCCUGCCAGCCAGCCUGUGGUGCAGCCAGCCUGCCUGCGUUCCUACCAGCCAGCCAGCGUUCCAUCCAGCCAGAGAGCAUUCUUGCCAGCCUGUGGCAGGUAUUCCUGGCAGUCAGCCAGCAUUCCUGCCAGCCAACCCGCCAACCAGCCAGUGUUCCUGCCAGCCAGCCUGCGUUCCUGCCAGCCAGCCUGCGUUCCUGCCAGCCAGCCUGUGUUCCUGCCAGCCAGCCUGCGUUCCUGCCAGCCAGCCUGUGUUUGUGCCAGCCAGAUAGCAUUCCUGCCAGCCAGCCUUCCUGCCAGCCAGCCAGCCAGUGUUCCUGGCAGCCAGUCCGCGUACCUGCCAGCCAGUCUGCGUUACUCCCAGCCAGCCUGUGUUCCUGCCAGCCAGCCUGCGUUCCUGCCAAACAGCCUGUGUUGCUGCCAGCCAGCCUGUGUUGCUGCCAUCCAGCGUUAA